AUGACGACAGUAUACCAUCGAGCCCCCGCACGCCGCAGGACCCGUGUCAGUUGCACUGCUACACCACAACACCACAACACUUGCACCUUGUCACACUGCCUCGUUGCUCUAGUGCUCGAUGACGACAGUAUACCAUCGGGCCCCCGCACGCCGCAGGACCCGUGUCAGUUGCACCGCUACACCACAACACCACAACACCACAACACUUGCACCUUGUCACACUGCCUCGUUGCUCUAGUGCUCGAUGACGACAGUAUACCAUCGGGCCCCCGCACGCCGCAGGACCCGUGUCAGUUGCACCGUUACACCACAACACCACAACACCACAACACUUGCACCUUGUCACACUGCCUCGUUGCUCUAGUGCUCGAUGACGACAGUAUACCAUCGGGCCCCCGCACGCCGCAGGACCCGUGUCAGUUGCACCGCUACACCACAACACCACAACACCCUUGCACCUUGUCACACUGCCUCGUUGCUCUAGUGCUCGAUGACGACAGUAUACCCUCCGGCCCCACGCACGCCGCAGAACCCGUGUCAGUUGCACCGCUACACCACAACACCACAACACUUGCACCUUGUCACACUGCCUCGUUGCUCUAG